AAAAUUAAAAUUCCGAUUAACUGUAAUCAAUUAUAUAAGAGAACUUGUUUUGAUUAUGCACAUCCGUAUCGAAUUAGAACACUAAAUCUAAAAUAAACAAAAGUAAAAUGACUUUAUUCUGUACUCGUUUAUGUCACAAUUCAUGUUUUAUAGUUUUAUAGUCAGACUGAUCACAAUCCGAUUGCUUUUAUAUUUUUCAAAUCUUCCUACCGUCAUUAAUCCCCCCAUAAGCUGUUUGACAUGCAAAGCUGUAUGUUAAUUCUACCAGACAGCAGAUGGUAGGCAGUAGUAUGCCGAUAUCUUGUUCAGUAUAAUUGUAUAUUGUAGCUGUUAAGUUACUCGAACGAUGAAGAUGAAAUUCAGCAUCGACUCUACUGCUUCUUAUAACAGUAUACAUCCAGCGUACCAUUAUACAGAACAAUUUGCAAAUAAUGCUGAAACGUAUCAAGAGGGUACCAAGUGGUUUGGCGUAUUUCUGGCAUUUCUCUCAGGUACAUUUUUCACAAUUAGUUCCGCGUUAGUUAAAGCAAUUCAGAAUGUAGACCCUAUGAUAUUACUGGCCAUCAGAGCCAUUCUGCAAAUGUUAGUCAUGGCUGGAGCAGCCAUUAAAAGUUCCAAAAGUUUAUUUGGUCCAAAAGGUCAAAGACUACUCCUAAACUUCCAGGGAAUAGUAGGAGGUGCGACGCUGUCGCUAUUGUAUUAUAGUUUCCGUAAACUACCCAUUGGAGAUGCUACGACCAUCAUAUUUAGUUCUCCAGUGAUCGUUAUUGCGUUAUCUUUCAUUUUUCUAAAAGAACCAUGUGGAAUAUUACGUGUAACCGUUAUGUGUGUACUAUUUACUGGUGUUGUGUUUGUUUCUAAGCCACCAUUUUUAUUUCAGGUACACAGAACUGAACCAUACAAUAUUAUGGGAUACGUAUGUGCUAUCCUAGCAACCUUCUUCACAGCUCUCAACAUAGUUGUGAUGAGAAAGUGCUCGGAAAUCCAUUUUUCAACGAUAAUCUUCAAUAUAUCUUGGUGGUCAUUGGUCACGGCUGUAUUCUUUUUCUAUUUUGUGUCGGAAAAUCACGAACAGAGUUUAAAGCUACCAGAUGAUUGGUUCACUUGGAGUAAAAUAUUGUUAGUGGCAUUUACUGGAUUGUGCGGUCAAAUUUUAGUGACUAAUGCAUUAAAAAUAGAAGGUGCAGGCAAAGUAUCGGUGACUAGAUCUUUGGAUAUCAUAUUGGCCUAUAUCGUACAAGUAUAUUUUUUCGGAGAUCAACCGUCGUCAACCAGUAUCGUCGGAGCGUUUUUAGUCAUAAUUUCUGUUAUAUGUAUGGGGUUUGAAAAAGAAAUUUAUAAUGUUUGUGAUUUUAUUCCCUAG